UUGUCCACUUCACUUCUCACUUCACCUAAACUAUACUAUUUCUUUCUCUUCUUACUUUCUCUUUUCAUUCUUAAGCUUCACUCACGCCGAUCUCUCUCUCUCUCUCUCUCUCUCUCUCUCUCUCUCCCGCCCUCUCUCUCCCUCUCUCCCAUCUCUCUCUCCCUCCCUCCCUCUGUCUCUCUCCCUCUCUCCCAUCUCUCUCUCCCUCUCUCUCUCUCUCUCUCCCUCUUUCUGCCUUACUCGUGAGUUCUCUCAUCCUCUGUAUCUCUCUGUAUCACUGUCUCGGUCAAUAACAGUUGAGGAUACACCGAAGAUGGUUAAGUGCUGCUCCAACUGUAAGUGAUAGUGCCAGUUUGGUCAAUCCUACUAUUGUACUGGACAGCCAUUAGUAAUGUGUUGGGGCAUCAUGCUAAGCCCCAGCUGAACUACAGAGAUCGCCUUUGGUGCAGCUGAAAGAAUUUAGUUUCUGUAAGCGGGUAUGCAUCCUGUUUGGACCAUUAACAGGCUUUGUUGGUGUGUUUCGGCUGGAUAUUUUUUUCUGUUGGCUGUUUCACUUAGUUCAGCACAGUACGGAGGUAUUCCCGCGGAAUCACAAUUUAAUAAUUCAGAAAGUCGAUCAUGGAAGUACUUAUCCCCAUCGAAUGGCUCAGUAUCUUGUGAAAGCUUGGAGGGUGUUGGAUCCUUUGACACUACCUGUGUGCUGAAUGCAGACCUGUAUAUAAAUACUGACCUUUAUGUGUUCGGUCAUGGGAACCUUGAAAUACUUCCUCGACUUUCAAUUAUUUGUCCUCUUGAAGGUUGUGUAUUAAGUUUCAAUUUAUCUGGCAAUAUCAAAGUGGGUGAAUAUGCAGCUAUUGUUGCCGGUUCAGUAAUACUGUCAGCUGCGCGUCUGAGUUUUGGGCCCAAUUCCCUUAUAAACACAACAUCUUUGGGUGGAUCACCACCAUCUCAGACUAGUGGUACACCUAGCAGUUAUGAAGGAGCUGGUGGAGGACAUGGUGGGCGAGGGGCUUCCUGUCUGAAAAGCAAUCAAACAAAAUAUUGGGGUGGUGAUGUUUAUGCUUGGUCUUCUUUGUCCGAGCCAUGGAGUUAUGGUAGCAAGGGUGGUGGUACAUCCGACACACAUCAGUUUGGAGGAAGUGGCGGUGGACGAGUUAAGCUUGUUGUUAAAGAAAUCCUAUAUUUAAAUGGAUCUGUGAUGGCUGAAGGGGGUGAUGGAGGAUCUGAAGGUGGAGGAGGAUCUGGUGGAAGCAUUAUAGUGCAUGCUAAAAAACUGCAGGGAUUUGGUACCAUAAGUGCUUCUGGUGGGAGGGGAUGGGCUGGAGGUGGAGGUGGGAGAAUAUCGGUCUAUGGUUACAGCAAUCAAGAAGCUGUAAAAGUCACUGUGCAUGGUGGAUUGAGUCUAGGAUGUCCAUCGAAUGGUGGUGCAGCAGGAACUUACUUUGAUGCUUCUGUCCUGAGUCUGAGAGUUGGCAACGAUAACAUCACAACAGAAACAGACACUCCUUUGCUUGAUUUUUCUACUAGUCCAUUAUGGUCAAAUGUUUUUGUGGAGAACUAUGCAAAAGCUUUGGUGCCAUUGCUCUGGACCAGAGUUCAGGUAAGAGGCCAAAUCAGCCUGCUUUGUGGAGGCAUCCUCAUCUUUGGAUUAUCUGAUUACCAAGUCUCUGAAUUUGAGCUUGUUGCAGAAGAACUUUCAAUGAGUGAUUCCAUUAUAAAGGUAUAUGGUGAAUUUCGAGUGGCUGUCAAAAUGUUACUCAUGUGGAAUUCCAAAAUCACAAUCAAUGAUAGUGGGGAUACAAUUGAUGCUUCCUCUGUCCUUGAAGUUAGAAACCUUGCUGUUUUAAGGGGAAAUUCUGUUGUUAGUUCGAAUUCAAACUUGGCUGUAUAUGGUCAAGGACUACUGUCACUUACUGGUCAGGGUGAUGUUAUCAAAGCGCAGCGUCUUUCUUUGUCACUGUUUUAUAAUGUCACUAUUGGCCCAGGUUCUUUACUUCAAGCCCCAUUGGAUGAUGAAAACAGUAAGAUUGAAGUAACCAAAUCACAUUGUGGGAGUCAGUCAUGUCCGAAGGAUCUGAUAACUCCACCAGAUGAUUGUCAUCUUAAUUAUACACCCUCAUUUUCACUGCAAAUUUGCCGUGUUGAAGACAUACUUGUAUAUGGCAUCAUAAAGGGAAGUAUAAUCCACAUUCACCGUGCAGCAACUGUCAUUGUGGACAAUGAUGGUACAAUCACUGCAUCAGAAUUAGGUUGCAGAAACGGUAUUGGAAAGGGAAAUUAUUUAAAUGGAGCUAGUGGUGGUGCUGGUCACGGGGGAAGGGGUGGUUCUGGAAUUUACAACGGAAAGAUGAGUGGAGGAGGUGAUACAUAUGGCAGCCCUAAUCUGCCUUGUGAGUUGGGAAGUGGGAGUGAAGGUCCUCAUGCAUCUUAUGGCCAUGUUGCAGGAGGGGGAAUGAUUGUGAUUGGAUCUGGUCAGUGGCCACUUUCCAAGCUUUACAUAUCUGGAUCUAUGAGGGCUGAUGGUCAAAGCUAUGAUAAAGCAGUGGAGAAUAUCAAUGGCAGCACAGUCGGCGGACUUGGUGGAGGUUCUGGUGGAACAAUUCUUCUCUUCUUGCAGGCACUUGCCCUUGUGCAGGACUCUCAUCUUUCUGUUGCUGGGGGGCAUGGUGUCCCUUUUGGCGGUGGUGGGGGAGGUGGAGGAAGAGUUCAUUUUCACUGGUCCAACAUAGAUGUUGGUGAUGAAUAUGUUCCUAUUGCAACAAUAAAUGGCACCAUCUCCAGUAGAGGUGGAACAGGAGAUAGUGGCGGUCUUCCAGGCGAGGAAGGAACUGUUACAGGGAAGAAGUGCCCUAAAGGCCUAUAUGGAACAUAUUGUACGGAGUGUCCUGUUGGCACCUACAAAGAUGUUGAAGGUUCAGAUGCAAGUCUUUGCACCCCAUGUUCCGUUGAGUACCUUCCAAGUCGUGCAUCGUUUGUAUAUGUUCGAGGGGGAGGAACUCAAUCAUUAUGUCCCUAUAGAUGUAUAUCUGACAAGUACAGGAUGCCCAACUGCUAUAAGCCUUUCGAGGAGCUCAUUUAUACAUUUGGAGGACCAUGGUCCUUUGCACUUCUUUUGUCAAGUGUUGUGGUGUUCCUUGCUCUUUCUCUGAGUACCGUGAGAGUCAAAUUAGUUGGAUCCAGCUCUUCGUAUGACAAUGCCAAUUCCGUUGAACGGCUCAGUUAUAACCAUUUCCCUCAUCUUCUUUCCCUGUCAGAGGUCCAGGGAACCCGUGCUGAUGAAACUCAGACUCAUGUUCACAGGAUGUAUUUUAUGGGUCCAAAUACAUUCAGAGAACCAUGGCAUCUUCCUUAUUCACCUCCCAGUUCUGUUAUUGAUAUUGUGUAUGAAGAUUCUUUUAACAGAUUCAUUGAUGAGAUUAAUUCAUUUGCUGCAUAUAAUUGGUGGGAAGGAUCAGUUCACAGCAUUCUUACAGUGCUUGCAUAUCCUUGUGCUUGGUCCUGGAAACAGUGGCGUAGGCGUAAUAAAGUCCAGUUCCUUGAGGAAUAUGUCAAGUCUGAGUAUGAUCAUUCUUGUUUACGGUCCUGCAGAUCAAGAGCACUAUACAAAGGAAUGAAGCUUGGGGCAACUCCAGACUUCAUGGUUGCAUAUAUUGAUUUUUUCCUUGGUGGUGAUGAGAAGCGCCGAGACAUGGUAACAAUUAUACAGAAGAGAUUCCCAAUGUGUAUUAUAUUUGGAGGAGAUGGAAGCUAUAUGUCACCCUACACUCUGCACAGCGAUGCACUUCUUACAAAUCUUCUUGCACAGCACGUCCCACCAUCUGUGUGGAAUCGCUUUGUGGCUGGUCUAAAUGCGCAGUUGAGAACUGUGAGACGCGGGUGGAUCCACUCUGCUCUAAUACAUGUAAUUAAUUGGAUACAAAGCCAUGGAAAUUCCCAGCUUGAGUUUCACGGGGUUAAAAUUGAGCUUGGAUGGUUCCAGGCCACUGCCAGUGGUUACUACCAGCUGGGAAUCUUGGUGGUAGUUGGUGACUAUUCUCCCCAUAGUCUCCACCAAUCUGAUUUCCUAGAAUGCAGCGAGGACUGCCCAAGCCCAUCAUCGCAGAAAGUUGCGCCUUUUGUACAAAAAAGCUUUCUGCAGCCACAGGCGAGUCAGUUGUAUACGAAUCAUGCACUAUGUCGGAAAAAAAUUACUGGUGGCACUAACGGAGGACUCAUAAAUGAUGCUACCUUAAAAUCAUUAGAUGUCAGAAAGGAUUUUCUUUUUCCGCUAUCUUUGCUGUUUCACAACACCAGACCUGUGGGUCGGCAGGACACCCUGCAGCUGCUGAUUUCUAUCAUUCUUCUGGGAGACAUUUUUGUUACCCUUCUCUUAUUGCUUCAGUCGUUUUGGAUUUCUCUUGCCACAUUUCUUGCUAUUCUGCUUGUUCUUCCUUUAUCGUUGCUCUUCCCGUUCCCUGCUGGCUUAAGUGCCUUACUCAGUAAAGGUCCUAGGAGAGCAUCACUUGCUCGUGUCUAUGCUUUGUGGAAUGCUACUUCUCUGUCAAACAUUGUAGUGGCUUUUGUUUGCGGCCUAAUUCAAUAUGGAAUUUCCUCAUCGCAACCACCCGAGGAGGCAGACAUGUGGAAUUCUAUGAGUGGGGAAGAUGAGAAAUGGUGGCUAUUACCUGCAACUCUCAUGCUAUUUAAGUUGAUCCAAGCUCGACUCACCGACUGGCACAUAGCGAACCUAGAAGUACAAGAUUUUUCCCUCUACUGUCCGGAUCCUGAUGCUUUCUGGGCCUACGAACCAACUUUGUAAUCGAGUAGUUCAGGCAUUCAUAGGAGGUACCGUGUUUGUGAGUGUGUGGCAGCCGCGCCUUGAAGAGGCAAGGCGUGCGUUUUGCCUUGUACAUAUGUCGAAAUCUGUAUAGAGCUUUGGUAUAGCUGUGCAGUUUUGGUUUGUUUAGAUGUUAGUGAGGCCUUUGAAUGAUUGUAGAUUGGAUGUCACGUGUAGAUAGAAAGUUUGACAGUGUAGAUAGAGUAUUUCUUAGCAGAAACAUGAGUUGGAUAAAUUAACCUACAGAUUCUUAUAUGUAGCUUAAUACCAAUUGCACUGUCUUGAGUUCCA